AUGCUGUCGCAAACCCUUAUAACACUUUCCCUCCUCUCCCUUGCGGCUGCUCAAGCACCUGCUUGGGGACAAUGUGGAGGAAUCGGUUGGACUGGCCCGACUACUUGUGCUUCGGGCUCAAGCUGUGUUAAAAGCAACGAUUAUUACUCCCAAUGUAUCCCAGGCUCAAAUGGCGGUGGUACUACAACGACUGCUCAGGCGACUGCUACGACCACGGGAGGCACCAGUGUCAAGACAGGGUGGGAAGAAGUUAUCGGCGAAGGAAGCUUUAAUAGUUUCAGUAGCUUUUGGAACUAUCUCUAUCCUUGGGGACCAGAUCACAAUGGAUCCGCGAGGAUGAAACAGGAUAAAGUCUCCGUCUCCGGUGGAGUUCUGACCAUUAGAGCGGAUAGACUUAGUUCGCAAGACGGAUACUCCACUGCCAAUCCAAAACCAGCAAUCUGGUACUGGUCCGGCGCCGUACACGCCAAAUCCACCGUCGUAGUAAACGACCAAUUCCCCAACUGGGAAAUCCGCGGCGAAUUCAAAGCUCCCACUACAAAGGGCACAUGGCCCGCCUUCUGGCUAACAGGAACUCAAUCCUGGCCUCCAGAGAUCGAUAUCCUCGAAUUCAAGGGCAACACCGAGAACUGGUUUAAUACCUUCCGUAGCUCAUCUGAUGUUAGUACUACCAAAGCAAACGUGGGUAAUGCGGCCUCCACGUGGCAUCAGUAUAGAAUUUGGGCGACGAAGGCGAACUCGAAGGAUGUUACGGUGCAUUUUUAUGUUGAUGGUGACUGGAAGGGCCAGCAUAAUGCCGCUGGGUUUGUUGGUAAGCCAAUGUGGAUUAUUAUCAACUUGCAGAUGGAAGGUAGUUCCGGAAGCCCUGGACCCAGCGGAUCAACCACAUAUCAGGCGCAGAAGAUAUAUGUUGGCAGGACUAGAGCUUCUUAG